CGGCGCGGCGCUGAUUACGUAAUACUGCUGCGGCCCGACAGUUCCACGGGCUCGCGUGUACGCGGCUGCCAGGUUCCAGUACUCAGACCUUGGCUCCUGCAGGGCUUACGAUCCUCGCUCCGACGCCAGCUACGGUCCAGCUGUCACCCGAAUAUGGACUCCGCCAGCCAAGAUAUCAACCUGAAUUCUCCUAACAAAGGUGUGCUGUCUGAUUUCAUGACUGAUGUCCCUGUCGACCCAGGUGUGGUCCCCCGGACCCCAGCUGUAGAGGGCCUGACAGAGGUGGAGGAAGAAGAGCUCCGGGCUGAGCUUGCUAAGGUGGAAGAAGAAAUUGUCACUCUGCGCCAGGUCCUGGCAGCCAAAGAGAGGCACUGUGGAGAGCUGAAAAGGAGGCUGGGCCUUUCUCCUUUAGGGGAGCUGAAGCAGAACCUGUCUAGGAGCUGGCAUGAUGUGCAGGUCUCUACUGCCUAUGUGAAAACGUCUGAGAAACUUGGAGAGUGGAAUGAGAAAGUGACCCAGUCUGACCUCUACAAGAAGACUCAAGAAACCCUUUCACAGGCAGGACAGAAGACAUCUGCUGCCUUGUCUACCAUGGGCUCUGCCAUCAGUAGGAAGCUUGGAGACAUGAGCAGCUACUCCAUCCGCCACUCGAUAAGUAUGCCGACCAUGAGGAACUCUGCAACCUUCAAGUCUUUUGAAGACCGAGUAGGGACCAUAAAGGGUUAAAACAGUUGUGUGAAGAGGUGGGCGACAGGAGUGCAAGUCAAUGAUGUAUCUUCCUACAAGAAUAACAGGAAACUUGUCAAUAAAGCAUUCCUUUGGAGGAAAAUCCACAUCCAUUAGUUUGGUGUAUCUUUUAGGAUAAUGACAAAAGAGUUGGGGAGUAAAUGCACACGAUUUCUUGCUUUGAUUGGGGGCAAGCAGGAGACACUCAUGUACAAUUUCCAAGUCUUUGGUGUGCAUGCAUAUAAAGGGAGUGAAUUGUGUAGAAGCUGCAUCUCUGAAUGAGACCAGGGAUGCAUGCCAGGCAUGCAGUUAAGGGGCUUGCAGUUCUUCAUCAAGAUUGGCUCCACUGAAGGGGCCUUUUUGUUCCUGUGAUUAUCUAGUGUUUUGCUGGCUUUUGCUGUGAGUCUUGUCAUACCCAGGAGCUCACCUGGCAGAAGUGGGCAUUGGGAAGACCAGCAUUCUUAAGCCCUACUAAGAGAAGACUGUCACUCCAUGGCACAACCACUCUUAAGAGGUAUGAUCCUGUUUCUGCAGGUGCGGGGUCAUGUGAAAUGAUGAGUGAUUGAAGACUCCUAAGUGCUUAGUGAACAGGGUAAAUUGGAAUUGUUGGCCUGAUCAGGAGGGCUGAGUGGUAUCGGCAGUGAGUGGCUCUCACACUGGGCAAAUUCAGACAGCAGGGCAGCAACUGGAUCUGAACUAGAAAUUCGGUAUUUGCCCUGGGUUAUAUUGGAAGACAAUUCAGUGCACUCCAAUCAUGAAGCAGAUACCUUAAAUUAAUCAGUGGAUAAGAGACUGCUUGCCAGGCAGGCUUUGUGGGUACAUGAUUGUGUUCAUGGACCCAGUUCUCAAGAGUUGCACUUCUUGAGGAAGAUGUGUUCCUGCGAGUAACUUUGGCUCUAAUAAAAUGAGGUGUGAUGAAGGUCUUUUGAGAGUAUGGUGUCCUGGAAUGAGUGGGAUGGGUAGAACCAGGGCACAUUUGAGGGGCUCGUACUAGCAGAGAACAGCCAUAUUUGAAGACUCAGCUUGAGCCCCAAGGCUCAUUUACCUCAUAUAUAUAUUUACUGUCCAUCUGCUUUCCUGCUUCCUCCUGUCUGCCCCCCCCCAACUGACUGGCUGGCUCCCCUUUUCUCUCUGCCUACCUGUCCUUCUUCUGCCUAGUUAUGGCCAUUCUGCUUUUUAUUAGACCAAUCAUGUGCCUUACGCCGGCAAGUUGAAACAGCAAUACAUCUUUACAUAGUUAAAUAAAUACUCUUUCACAACAGAUGUCUGUGAGCUUAAGGCCAGUCUGGUCUAUGAAAAGUUCCAAAAUAGCCAGGGCCACACAGAGAAACCCUGUCUUCAAAAACAAACAAACAAACAGACAAAAAAGAAUAAAAACAUUCAUUUAAUUGUGAAGUUGUAAUUUUCUUAAACAUCAUGCUUUUGCAGUUGACUGAAGAGCUGUCACAAGCAGUUAUGUGUGUGUGUUUUGUAGCCAUUUUUUUCCUAUAAGUAUUUUAUAUAUGCUUUUUCUUUUUCUUUUGGUUUUCAAGACAAGGUUUCACUGUGUAGCCCUGGCACUUAUUAUGUAGACCAGGCUAACUUCAAACUCAGAGAUCCGCCUGCCUCUGAGUGCUGGGAUUAAAGGUACGUGGCACCACCACCCAGCUAUUUUGUAUGCACUUUAAUGGCUAUAUUCCAUUUGAAUGUGCUUACUUGUACAGUUGGGUUGCAAUUUUCCAUUUUCACUAUUACAAUAAUUUUUUUCUUUUCCAUUUUUGUUUUUCGAGGCUGUUUCUCUGUGUUGCUCUGGCUGUCCUGGAACCCACUUUGUAGACCAGGUUGGCCUUCAACUCACAGAGAUCUGCCUGCUGCUGUCUCCUAAUUAAAGGUAUGGGAUUUUUUCCAUUUUCACUAUUAGUUAUGACACUGUUACAAACAUCUUAGCACAUAAAACUUUUGUAUUUGGAGAUAUUAGGAGAAAAUCCUAGCUCUGGAGGGACUCAUGUAAGUAUCCCAACGUGGACGGCUUUAUAGCUUCAGUCUUCAGUCGGUUCCAGGUCCAUUUUGCUAUUUCUUCCAAUUAUGGAAUCUUUUUUAAAAAAUUUAUUUUAUGUAUAUUGGUGCUUUGCCUGCAUGCAUGUCUAUGUGAGGAUGUCAGAUCCACUGGAACUGGAGUUACAGAUAGCUGUAAACCACCAUGUGGGUGCUGGGAAUUGAACCCAGGUCCUUUGGAAGAGUGGCCAGGGCCCUUAACCUCUAAGCCAUCCCUCCAGCCCCCAACUGUGGCAUCUUUUCACUCAUGUUCUCCCUCUCAAGUGGUCUCAUUACAUAGCUUCUACCUCAAAAUUCAAGAGCCUUCUCUGUCUGCUGGGAUGGCAGGCUUGUGCUAGUACACCUGGCUUUCCUUCCCUUGUGUCAGAUAGAUAAAUGGUCUCUCUGCUUAUUGAUUUUCGUGAGCGUUUUUUUGUUACUUGCUUGAUGUUGCACAACUUACUGAGUUUCUUGAGCUGUCUGCUCCUGACAGUCUGAGACUGGAAAAUGUGCCAAUUCGAGUUCAGCCGGAGUGAAGAAAGGUAGAAGAUAAAGGGAGAAGUAAGUGCAUUAUGGGUGCCUUGAGUGACAUUUGUUUUGAUUUUGAAAGCUGACUUAUGGUCACGUUAGUGGUACCUUGUUCAUAACUGAGAACUCUAAUUGUACUUAAGGUCUGCUCAGCAAGAGGGAAAUCAUGCCUGAUACUGGAAACCUAGCCAACUCCCGGGAUCACUUUACUAAAACAGCAUAAUCCCUAAUCAUUUCCUAAAUAUGUAUCGUUAUACCCACAGAUAUUUGUAGUUUUCACCCUUCAUCAAAAAAACCUCUUUCCACAGGUGGAGAUCAUUACAGAAAACUGCGACUAAUCAAAAUGCAGUCCAGUCCCGACUGAUAAAUCUACAACACAACUCCUGCACUUAAGGCUUAGGGGUCGUUGUGGAAGAGGGGAAGGAGAGAUUGUAAGAACUAGGGGAACAGAAAGUUUGCCGUAAGAUUGUGUCUCCUAGAAAUGUCAGAGAAGCUACAUCCAUGAAGUCUAACCAACAUGGCUGCCUAACUGGCUUGAACAAGGACAACAGGAAUUCUCAGAGCUGGAGAAAGUCUUCCUGAGGAAAGAGCAUAGCACUUGGUUAUCCCAUACCGAAUAGCCUUGAAAACAUACUAUUAACAGGUUGUAUUCAUAUAUCUAGGAAUUAUGUAUGUAACAACAAGAGGCCAUGAAUUUGAAAGAGAG